GCUGGUCACACUAACAAACAGCUGUUUGGAAGACGCGAAACGUUUUUCCGGCAUUUUUUUUCCAACAAUUUUGCAUUAAAAAUGCUGGCAAAAACAGCAAAACAAACGUUGGACGUGGAACUUAACUUUGAAGAAGAGGAUGUGCCGUAUGAGGAGGAAAUCCUACGGAAUGCCUAUUCGGUAAAGCACUGGCUGCGCUACAUCGAUCACAAGGCAAAGGCUCCGAAUAAUGGUGUUAAUCUGGUAUACGAGCGUGCAUUAAAGGAGCUACCGGGCAGUUAUAAAAUAUGGUACAAUUAUCUACGGACCCGCAGGAAGCAGGUGCGUGGCCGCAUACCCACCGAUCCCAUGUGGGAGGAGGUGAACAAUACUUUUGAACGGGCUCUGGUAUUUAUGCAUAAAAUGCCACGCAUUUGGAUGGAUUAUGGUGUCUUUAUGACAUCGCAGAGUAAAAUUACCCGAACGCGCCACGUCUUCGAUAGAGCAUUAAGAGCGUUGCCUAUUACCCAGCAUGGAAGGAUUUGGCCUUUGUUUUUGAAAUUUGUACAAAAGUUUCAUAUUCCCGAGACGGCAUUGCGUGUAUAUCGCAGAUAUCUAAAACUUUUUCCGGAAGAUGCCGAGGAAUAUGUAGAGUAUCUACAAAGUGUGGGCAAAUUGGAUGAAGCUGCUCAGCAAUUGGCCUCCAUAGUGGAUAAUGAACAUUUUGGUUCGAAACAUGGCAAAUCCCAGCAUCAAUUGUGGAACGAGCUAUGCGAUUUAAUAUCAAAGAAUCCCCACAAAGUUCAUUCCCUAAAUGUGGAUGCUAUAAUUCGAGGUGGUCUACGUAGAUAUACCGAUCAAUUGGGUCAUUUGUGGAAUUCUCUAGCCGAUUAUUAUGUGCGUUCUGGUCUAUUCGAUCGGGCAAGGGAUAUAUACGAAGAAGCCAUACAAACUGUGACCACAGUAAGAGAUUUUACUCAGGUCUUUGAUGAAUAUGCCCAAUUUGAGGAAUUGUCGCUUAACAAACGCAUGGAACAAGUGGCCGCUGCUGGUGAAGAUGCCACCGAAGAGGAUGAUAUUGAGGUGGAAUUGCGUCUAUCACGCUUUGAGUAUCUAAUGGAGCGUCGUCUGCUAUUGCUAAAUAGUGUUCUACUACGCCAGAAUCCUCACAAUGUCCAUGAAUGGCAUAAACGUGUAAAAUUGUAUGAGGAUAAACCCACGGACAUAAUCAAUACCUUUACGGAAGCUGUGCAGACAGUGCAACCUAAAUUGGCAGUGGGUAAAUUACAUACUCUGUGGGUGGAAUUUGCCAAAUUCUAUGAGACAAAUGGUCAAAUAGAAGAUGCCCGUGUGGUCUUUGAACGUGGCACCGAAGUGGCUUAUAUUAAGGUUGAAGAUCUGGCCUCCGUGUGGUGUGAAUGGGCCGAAAUGGAAUUGCGUCAACAGCAAUUUGAAGCUGCCCUCAAAUUAAUGCAAAAGGCAACUGUAAUGCCCAAACGUAAAAUCUCCUAUCAUGAUGAAACGGAGACUGUCCAAAUGCGUCUGUUCAAGUCAUUGAAAGUCUGGUCCAUGUAUGCCGACCUGGAGGAAUCUUUUGGUACCUUUAAGACCUGCAAGGCGGUCUAUGAGCGUAUAAUAGAUUUGAAAAUAUGCACACCACAGAUUAUCAUUAAUUAUGGCUUAUUCCUGGAGGAGCACAACUACUAUGAGGAUGCCUACAGAGCGUAUGAGAAGGGAAUUGCUCUCUUCAAAUGGCCAAAUGUAUAUGAUAUAUGGAAUUCGUAUUUAACCAAGUUUCUGGCACGCUAUGGUGGCACAAAAUUGGAGCGAGCUCGUGAUCUUUUCGAGCAAUGUCUAAGCGAUUGCCCGGCAGAGCAUGCCAAAUACUUUUACUUACUCUAUGCCAAACUGGAGGAGGAACAUGGUCUGGCCAGGCAUGCCAUGGCCGUCUACGAUAGGGCAACUUCAGCUGUUAAAGAAGAAGAAAUGUAUGACAUGUACAAUAUAUUCGUUAAGAAGGCAGCUGAAAUCUAUGGUCUGCCUAGGACUAGAGAGAUCUAUGAGAAGGCUAUUGAAGCCUUGCCGGAACAGAAUAUGCGUCAUAUGUGCGUGAAAUUUGCUGAAUUGGAAACCAAAUUGGGUGAAGUCGAUCGAGCCAGAGCCAUCUAUGCACAUUGCUCGCAGGUUUGUGAUCCUCGCAUUACUGCGGACUUUUGGCAAACUUGGAAGGAAUUCGAAGUGCGUCAUGGCAAUGAGGAUACUAUGAGAGAAAUGCUGCGCAUUAAACGCUCUGUCCAGGCCACUUACAAUACCCAAGUCAAUAUGAUGGCUGCCCAAUUUCUGCAGACCAAUAACAAUGGCUCUGCCGCUGAUACAGGCGCCGGGACCGAUGCCAUGCGGCAGCUGGAAGAGAAAGCAGCCGCCAAAGCUGCUGCCGAGGCAGCGGCCAAUAAAACGAAACCCACAACUGCUCCAUCGAACAUUAUGUUUGUGCGUGGCGAGACUCAGGGUGGCAAAAAAGACAAGGAGAAUACGGUGGUUAAUCCAGAUGAAAUCGAUUUGGGUGACAGUGACGAGGAAGAUGAUGAGGAUGAAGAGGAGAACACUAAUGGGGCAAAUCAGGAAUCCAAUGAAGCUUCUACAAAAGUCGAUGACGAAGGUUUGGUCAUGAAGAAAUUACGUUUCGAACAAAAGGCCAUACCAGCCAAGGUAUUUGGCACUCUGAAGCCCACCAAUCAACAGGGCGAUUCUGAUGAGGAAUAAUCUAAAAAUGUCCAAUUGUAACAAAUGUUUAGAUUAAGCGAAAAAAAGAAGUUUGAAAUGUGUAAAAUAUACAUACGACAAAGAAGGAAAACCUUCCUUUGAUGUUAACUAAAAUCAA